AUGGCAAUGCGCAUCGCCCCCUCCGCCUCUCACACCAGCACGCACACUCUCCUCCAAGGCUCCUCCCUCGGCGCCCCUUCCGCCCCCGGUCUCCACGACACACUCCGCCACGGCGUCGGCCCAACCCAAAGCUCAUCCCUCUCCACCCUCCCCGACUCCUCGCACCCCCUCGAAAACCGUCUCAAAAAAUGGGAAUCCACGCAAGAAGCUCUCAAGAUGGCUUCUCUGCGCCGCACCUUCGGCAUGAGCGAACCGAUUCGUAGAGGUAUGGAGUUGAAGAUUACGAGAGAGGGGGAGUGGAGACCACUUGCGCUGGGAGGUGGUGGUCCGGGUCUCCACGAAGAAAUUCUCCGAGGAUCCGACACGACGAUUAGCUGGGAAGAUGUAUUCAAAGGAGACGAGACAAGGACAGUACCCGGUUUCCACGAGGAAGUGGAGAGGAAGGUUAAGAUGGGUUUUUAA